AUGACCUCAAUUACCUCGAAAAUCCCCUCCAGAUCCCUCAAGCUGCUCUUCCUCCUCCACCGUGCACCACCCCUCACUUGCAGUCUCUGCACAUCAACACCAUCGACCACCGCCGAGACCCAAACCCAAAAGCUGGAGCGAAUCGCCGACCAACUUCUUUCCCUCAGCAAGCUCGAGAGGUACGAUUACUCUAUCCUCUUCCGGCACAAAAUGGGCCUCAACCAAUACGGCCCCGCCAUCUCGGGCCUAGAAUCGUCGUCUGGAUCUUCCUCCUCGGCUGGGUCUGAGUCGGCCGACGCAAAAGCCGCCGAGAAGACUGCUUUUGAUGUAAAGCUGGAAAAGUACGAUGCGGCGGCGAAGAUUAAAGUUAUAAAGGAGAUUAGGUCUUUCACUGAUUUGGGGUUGAAGGAAGCGAAAGAUUUGGUUGAGAAAGCACCGAUUGUGGUGAAAAAAGGUGUCACCAAGGAAGAGGCCGAUUCCAUUGUGGAGAAGCUCAAGGUAGUGGGUGCUACUGUGUUUAUUGCCACGUCUGCAGAAGACAGCUGCACCCAGUUUGUUGAGCCAAGCACAGUCGAUGGUUCAUCCCAAAUAAUCAAGACGGAUACUCAGAAGCUUUUGCCAUCUGCAUAUGCCAGCAAAAGAUACCGUUAA